CGCUGUGUGUGUGUGUGUGUGCGCUUCUCUCCCCACCACUCCAUUAUCUCUUCCUCUCUCUCUCUCUCUCAGAGAGAAGACAAUGCCUGUCUCUGGAGAUCCCUCGUCUACUUCUUCGACAACAAUCUGCCACCACAUCAGACACCAACAACCCAUGAACAACAACCUCCCACCAUAUCCCUCCGCCGCCGAUGAGCCUCUAAUCCCCAAACCUAACCGCAUCUCUAAAUCCGCCAUGUCCACCUUCUUCCUCUUACCUUCAUCCUCAUCAUCCAACGGACCCACCAGAAGAAAGGCAAAGAAACCAAACCCUUUACCCCAAACCUCUUCCUCCUCCUUUCGCAGCCUCGGCUGCACUUCCUCCGCCUCCCAGAAGGUUUCCGUCCCCGCCGUGAUCCGCUCCUCCGCGAACUGGGACGCCACUGAUGCCAAAACCAAGAAGACGAAGAGCAAGAAGAAGAACAAGGGUUGUACUAGUAGCUACAAUGGCGGCUCGGUCAAGAUCUUGAGCGAGGCAGAUAGAAGCGGUUGCGGUCCGGUUCCUGAUGUUUGGUGCGGACCCGGGAUCGGGUUUUCCACCGAUGCGGUGGUCUCCGGCACGAAUAUCCCCGUCGAAGCGGAGCCUCCGAGAAGGAACGUUCCGGCGAGACGCAAAAUCGAUCGAGAGGGCUCUUCUGUUCCUCCGAGGCGAUCUCAUAAUCAAGAAACUAGUUCUUACUUUGACUCUGAUUUGACGUCGAGGGAUGAUGAACAGACGCAGACGCUUUUCUCCGAUAGAUAUCAUCAUCGUCAUAUACGACAACCUUACCCUAAUGGACUCGACGAGAUGAUGAUGAUACAGAAUGGUUUUGUAAUGGGAGGGAUGUUAAGCUCUCACGAUCACUUCCGUGACUUGAGGCUCAACGUCGAUGCCAUGUCUUACGAGCAACUUUUGGAGCUUGGUGAUAGAAUUGGGUAUGUGGACACUGGACUUAAUGAAAAGCAGAUCAAAACCUGUCUCUGCAAAGUCAAACAAUUUCAGAAAAUUGCACAACUAGAAGAUAGAAAGUGCAGCAUCUGUCAAGAAGAGUACGAGGGUAAGGACGAGGUAGGGAAGUUACGAUGUGGGCACAGGUACCAUAUCCACUGUGUGAAACAAUGGCUGCUGAGGAAGAACUCUUGUCCGGUCUGUAAAACGAUGCCAUAUGUUUAAAAAGUCUUAGAUAUAUAGAGAUAAGUUCUCCUCCUUUGAUGAUGAUGAUGAUUCCUGAUCUGGAGAUUAAUCCCAAUCACUAUCUGAUGUUAGAUUCUUCUCUGGGGAUUAUUGCUCAUGAUUUGCUAUUUUAUGCUGAUGAAAAACAUUUGUAAGAAGCAGCAAAUUGUUACUAUUACUUACCUAUGGAAACAAGUCACAGAUGUGAACCCCACAUUGCGUGUGGGUUAAGAUCAAUCUUUUGGUUGGUGAUUAUUAGGUCGGCAACUACAAAAAGAUGUUGGGUCGAUGAGAUCUAACGCUAUUAGAUCACAUGAAAAUGAUUCGUGCAAGUUAACAUCUAGAAGGUUAUUAUCUACAUAAAUAGUGUGGCCAAUUCAAUGAUGUUACUGUAAUAAUAAAGUCACCAAUAUCAUACACAUUUGUCUGUUUCAAAACACAUUAUGUAAUCUAUAGAGCACACUUACAUUUAUUACUUAGGUUUACUCGCGGGCUGUAAGGUCAAAAGAGGUAUCUAAUACUAUAAAGAAAAGUUCCAUUCUCUUCUCCUUCAUCCACGUAGGAAAAUAGGGAUACAAGAAAGUGACACGUGUCACAUUCAAUAAAACACUGCGUUUCAUUUAUCUGGCUGUGCAAUGUAUAUGGGCUUUGGUUUGCGGUAAUGGAAUCCAAUCCAAAUAAGUGAAAACGCGUUGGUUCUGAUUUUAGGGUUGAAACCCGUUUUCAUCUUCGCCAUUCCAGAGCUACUCUUGAAGAUCGAACCCAACAAUGGAGUUUUUGAAUGAUGAGUAAAAGACGAAGCGUCGGGAAGGAACGAGUAAUGCUUCGUCGUUUCGUUUUCUUCAUUCAUCGACUUUAUGAAAAUUCUUAACUCCAUCAAUGCAAAUCAAGCACAAAGUCUCAUUCAAUGAUCCUUAUCUCUUCAAGACGACGUUCCUCAAUCUAUAAAAAGGCCGGCGGUGUUCUUCCAGUGUCGAGGUGCGUUUGCUCCGAUUCUAGGAUGCUCGAAACAUCAAACGCUGUGGCGAGUUAGAUGGGAUUGGAGCUACACCUCCUUGAAGGUUUUUCCGAUCUUUAAUCGUAUGAUUAUAUUCGUCAUGUUUCCCAGAUCUUCUUUGAAUCUUUUUUUUUAUUAUAUAUUUUGAGACCAUUUGUUGAUUAUGCUCUCUGUUCACAAUUUUUUAGUCAACCUUCAUGCCAACUACCGUAAAUUUCCACCGUCUCGCCGCUUUUAGGGACUGUCUCAAGGCUGGUUCAGUGUUCGCACUCUAGCUCCUCUGUUUGUUAUUUGUAGUGGCUUGGGAUUGUUAAUUCUUAAAACUGUUUUGAUUCUUAAGAUUGAAUUUUGGUAGAGGCCAAGUACUCGGGGUGCAGGAUCCUUUUUCAGUGAAGUUCGGAGCGACGGAUCUGGUUUGUUGUCUUACUCUUCUGGACACACUAGAAAGAGGAAUGAGAAAUUCCAUCUUAUUCGUUACAUUAUUCUGCACAGAAUAUAUUUUUAUUCCUCCAUGUAUGCUUCUUUAUGGAAGUGUUUAGUGUAACCAAUCUUUAAAGCUUCAUUCUACAAGAUUUGAAUAGUUUUCAUAUAUGAAAGAUUUGGUAAAGAUCCUAACAUUGUAACUUUAACAAGUGUGGAUUCACAGGUUUAAUGAGAGGGAACCAGAUGUCAGUGCAUCUCAACAAGAUGGGCCUCUGCUAGAAGUUAAAAGUGCUGGAAAAGGAAAAGACAAACCCAAAGGGCCAAGUGAUGAAGCACUAAAAAUUGUAAUCGCCAGGUUUCCAAGUGGUCGGAUUUUCCAAGUGAGCUUUUGUUUAUGUUUAGAUAAGUUUGUAAAUUUGCUAAAGUUGCAUGAUUUUAAUAUGUUUGUGUUUAUAAGCGGUGCUCUUAUAUUGUUCUAUUCUUCCAGUGUGAUAGUUGUGUAUCUUUCCAAGACACUUGAAUUCACUCUGGUUAACGUUUAAUAUUAACAUUUGUUCUUUCUCA